UUCGAUAAUUACGCUUUCGACUUGGCAUAAAUAUAACGGUCCCGCUGCGGUCACUCUAAUUCCCGCUUGGCUGCCAAAUCGCGGCUCAAAAUAACCCAACUGAUCAACAAUACCUAAGCCGGCAACUGAAACCGAGAUUAUAAUGGCGGAACAAGGCAAACAAGGACGAACACCCAGCUCGGAUACCUUCCUGCCCCUCAGCCGGGUCCGGACGAUCAUGAAGAGUUCAAUGGACACCGGCCUCAUCACCAACGAGGUGCUCUUCCUCAUGACCAAGUGCACCGAGAUGUUUGUCCAGCAUUUGGCCAGCGAGGCGUACAAGGACUCAUUCCCGGCCUCAAAACAGCCCUCGAGCGAUACCCUCAAGUACGAUCAUCUCUCCCAGCUGGUCAACAAGAGCAAGAACCUGGAGUUUCUUCUCCAAAUCGUUCCGGAGAAGAUCCGGGUGCACGAGUUCCAGGAGAUGCUGAGACUUAAUCGGUCUGGCGGCUCUGACGAGGAUGAUGACUCUGGUUCGGGUUCGGGCUCCGAGUCGGACGAGUGAUGGAUGGUUAUGGAUUCGGAUUCGGAUUCCCAAAGCGAUCCUCCUCAUCCUCCGCCACCACCACCAGCUCUACCUCAAUCGACUGAUUAACCAUCAUCCCCCGCACCGCUACUAUCUUAGGAGAUAUAACCGUAGGUCUAUAGGCUAGCCGAUAAGUAAUGUCCUCCAAACGACUCCCCGAGCUGCUCCGAGUGCGUGGUGUGUCCGAGAAUCCGAUAAGCCAGAAGAUUGGCCAUAAAUUGGAGAGCAGAGAACGGUUAUCUCUGGCCGCCACUUGUUGACCAGUUCGAGUUCCAAUCGAAUUAUGUAUUAAACAUAGCAAUUAAGCAAGCUAUUCAAAUUGUAAAAUAAACUCCACUCUCCAAUUAGUAGUUUUUAAAUUAAAUAACUAACUUAAAUGCCUCUCAAAUACAGUCUGUAUGUUUUUUUUAAAUAAAAUAUAAAGCAAUUACUCGA